GAGAAUCAAACCUGGGAUUGGGUCUUCGGAGUCAGACGCAUAUGUUUCAUGAUUUGGACAGCACGGUGGUCUGAUGUGUUAGAGGAGGAGCUAACUGAAGAACACGACUAUCUCAGAUCUCUGCUGCAGAUCAUUGGGAAACCUCCCCCAUUUCAGUAUUACACCGAGUUUGAGAAUGCAAUGAACAAUCCAAGAACAGAGAGUUCUUUCUCUUUUCUGCAUGCCGGAGUUUGUUCCAGGAAGGAUCACGAAAGAGGAAGAGAGUCUCCCUGCAGUCCAGAUGUUGGAUUGUCAUCGAACCAAGAUGUACCUUCAACAGUUAACAGCGCUGAUGAGGGAGAGUUACCCAGCUUAGGAAAUGUUUCCCAGUACAGAAAGGCGAAGUAUUCGGGUGUCGUUGCCCCGUUCUCCAUGAGGACAUUAUCACAUCCGUCUUUCCAGUCCUUUUACACUGCUGUUUCGUCUCGGCAGAGACAGAGCCAAUCCGCAGAAAUCAACAGCUCCACGUUCAAGAACAAAGACUCCAUCGAUUCCUGCUCAUCAGCUGACUUUACGGAAAAAUCUGAAGCCACUGGCCUCCAUUCCCAAGAAAUUAACAUGCCAGCUCUCCAUCAGUGUGAGUUUUUCUACACCGACCCAAUGCUGCCAUCCGGUUAUCGAGUUUACAACCAUCUUUCGCUUCCCACACGCCAGAUGAUUCAGGGUUUACAACUGAACACUCCUCCUCCAAUCAUGUCUGCAUGCGUGGCUCCAACGAACAUUCCAAGAACAGCGGCGAGCCCUGCUCCUCCCUCUUUAAACGGGUGUCGGGGGCCGAGCAGGCCCAUAUCUAAAGCGGAGCACGACGCCAUCAGCACCUUGCUUGAACUUAAACAGUGCACCCAGGUAGACUGCGCAGAGGCAGAUGCACCAAAGUGUGCACUGAAGAGCAAGGGUAUUCAACAGCCAGAGGUUGACGUUAACGGCAUUCAUUUAUCAGACAAUUCAGGAACCUCGGGAAUAAAGGAUGGUAAUGGAACUGAGCAAAAGCACCUCUCAUUUCUUCAUGACUGUAACAGCCCCUCAUUAAAGUCUCAUCAUGACGCAGAGGCUCAUAAAAUUCAUCACGUACCCCUGCCUGAAUGUGAAUGCUCCUCUCCGCCUCCUAAAUCCACCGAUUAUACUUGGGCAUCCAGACUAAACAGCACACCCUCAGGGGCUGAGAUUAAACCAUUUGACCCAGUGAUGUCAACAGACAUUUUGCCAGCGGUUGGUCAAGAGAUUGAAAUUGGCAGCUGUGAUUUCCUUACUUAGUCCAGCCACUCUGAAAGAUCCAAUCUAACUGGGAGGAAAAAGACAGGCCACAGGUGAAGAAAUGUGUUCUAAGUCAGAGUUUAUCUGGCACCGAACCUCUUUUGUUUUAAUUCAGUUUUGGAGCCUUGUGGCAAAAUGCACAAAUUAAUUCUGCCCAGUUAAUCAAGUCAUUUCUCCUAGCUCCUACUAUCGGUGAAGAAAUGGUACACUAAGAUGUAAUGUAGCAGCAUUGACAACUUGAAGUGAUUUAAAAUGUGGGAUCAUUCCUUCUCUGCAGUUGGAAGCCAAUUAGUAAUUCUACUGAAAUGGAUCUUUUAAUACCCAGAUAUUCAAUGCCCAAAAGUUCAAUGCCCAGUUUCUCUGGUAGUUACUGGUGCACAUAGAGAUAAUUCUGGCAAUAAUUAAAGGUGUUAAGAGACUUGCUUUGAUGUCCUGAAGGAAAUCUGAAGGGUUUUUUUUGUUCAUCUUGUGACGAAGGAGCUGGGUUUAAUGAAAGAGUCAACUGAGAAAUGGUGAGACCAGGGUGGAGUCUCACAGUGGCUGAAGAGAGUCCUCUUCUCUGGAGGAGUGUGCAAGAUUGAAAGAUGGUAAACUUGAGGCACAGCUAAGUGGCUAAACAGUGAAAGAGGAAAAUUUGAGCAUGCUCGAACAAACAAUGAGUGAAGUUCAGGGAAGUCUCAUUCAUGUUUCCAUGAUGUACAGGUGAUGCAAGGUCUUAACAUGUUCUGAAUGAUGUCACAAGUCACUUUUAUUUAUUCAGUUUUCAAGAUAUGGGUUUUGCUGGCAAGACCAUCCCUAAUUGCCAUGGGGGAGGGGUGGGAGAGAGCGGGGUGGGAGAGAGCGGGUUGGUGGAGAGUGCUGCCAUCUUGAACCACGCAGUCCUGAGGAUGAUACUUUCCAAUGCUGUUUGUAAGAAAUUCCAGGAUUUAGAUGCAGUGAUGAUUAAGGAACUGCAAAUAUUCCCAAGUUAGGAAUGAGUAGGGGUGGUCUCUGAUACUGUAUGUUGGGAAAUUUGAUCUUAAAUUUGGGCCAGGGAGCUCUGAGGUAACAUGCACACAUCAUUACUGGUGCCUCCCAGUAAGAUUACUGUCCAAACAUCUGGUUAGAAGCCAAGUCAUUGCAAAAUUCGUUCCACUAUUGUCUAUUCUAAUACCAGAAAAUCUCCUGGGAAAUAAAUCUCAUUUGAUAAAUGGCUGUUUAGACCUCACUGAUUGAUUAUUUUUUUUUACAAGUAAGUAUCUAGUUUAUCCAUCAAUAUGUGUAGAAGCUUGCUUGGGUAUAAUGCCCAAGGGUUUGUAAUUCGCACA